GGCCGAGACAACCUACUCAGAGUACAUAACAAGAGUCUACCUUCCGGGGAGUUUCUUCCCAAUCCGCGUGCUAAUUGAACAUCCUUUGGGCCGGCCAUACUAUAUAACAACCGCCGUCUGCGCCCUUCCAUCGUCUAUCACGCAAUUCCCUUUCACAAUUCUCAAUCACAGUAAAUCAUGACUGCCAACGAGACUCCCGCCAAUGGGCGUAAGUCGCUCAUCCUCAAUGCCUUUGUGGAAAUGUGCAGUGGCCACCAGUCCCCUGGGCUCUGGCAACAUCCCGAGGAUGAGUCGUGGCGGUUUAAUGAUGUCGAUCAUUGGGUUGAACUAGCCAAACUGCUUGAAUCGGCCAAGUUUCAUGGUAUUUUCAUUGCUGAUGUCCUAGGCGGCUACGAUGUCUACAAGGGCCCUAGGAACCUUGAGCCCGCUAUUGUCUCUGGCGCUCAAUGGCCUGUCAAUGAGCCAUUGGCUGUCGUCCCGGCCAUGGCUGCUGCCACUCAGAACAUUGGCUUCGGUGUCACUGUCACAACAACAUAUGAACCCCCAUACCACCUUGCUCGUCGGCUAUCGACAGUCGACCACCUCACCAAGGGCCGUGUCGGAUGGAAUGUCGUCACCGGCUACCUCGACUCUGCAGCCCGCAACAUGGGCUACGCCCAUCAACCCAACCACGACGACCGCUACGCCGUCGCCGAAGAAUACAUCAAAGUAGCCUACAAGCUCUGGGAAUCUUCCUGGCGCUCCGACGCCGUCGUCCUCGACCGCCAGCGCGGCGUCUACGCCGAACCCUCCCGCAUCCGCCAAAUCAACCACCAAGGCAAAUACUUCGAAGUCCCCGGCCCGCACCUCUGCCAGCCCUCUCCCCAGCGCACACCCCUAAUCCUGCAAGCUGGUACAUCGAAGGCGGGCAAGACGUUCGCUGCGCAGCAUGCUGAAGCCAUCUUUGUUGGCGGACAUAGCCCGUCUGUUGUGAAGAAGAAUAUUGCAGAGAUUCGGGAGAUGGCGAAGACGCAAUUUGGAAGGGAUCCACAGACUAUUAAGUUUUUGGCGCUGCUGUGUCCGAUUCUUGGGAAGACGGAGGAGGAGGCGAAGGAGAAGUUUGCGUAUUUUAGGAGUUUGGGGUCGAUUGAUGGUGCCUUGGCGCUGUUUGGUGGGUGGACUGGGAUUGAUCUCGACACAUAUGGUGAGGAUCAGGAGUUGAGGGCGGUCGAGAGUAAUGCUAUCCGAUCCGCCGUCGAAGGCUGGUCCAAGGCCACCCCCGAAGUCCCGAGAUGGACAAAGAAGACAGUCGGCGAGCACAUCACCGUCGGCGGUCUCGGCGCAACAGCCGUCGGCACACCACAGCAAGUCGCAGACCAAAUGGAGAAAUGGGUUGACGAGGCCGACGUUGACGGUUUCAACAUUGCAUACGCCGUCAAACCCGGCACAUUCAAGGACGUCAUCGACCUGCUCAUUCCCGAACUGCGCCGGAGAGGACUCUUCCACGAGGACUAUGCCGUGCCUAAGGGGACAUAUCGGGAGAACGUGUAUAGCAAGAAAGGACAGUCCGGGCCGCCGGCUGAUCACCCUGCUUCGAAGUAUCGGUGGGAUGCGGGUGUUGAGGAGCAUAAGAUUCCUGAAUAAGUAUAUCAAGGGUUGUAAUGUGUGAUGACUGUAUUAUAUGGUUAUGGUUAUGAUGCCAAAGUCAUGAACUGAAAUGAAGGACAAAUAUAUAUCAUGAAUAUGAACAAUAAAUGAAAUUCUAUACAAACCCAUACCACUUUUCAAAUACAUAACGCCAUAUCCUUUUUCAAAGCAACAUAAACAAACAACCGCUCAUCAAUCAAAGCCC